AUGGCAGCCAAGCAGCGCCUAGUGGACUACUCGGAUUCGGACACCAGUGACGUCGAGGCCGAACCCCCCGCGAAGCUCCGCAAGACCAACGACAGCGGGCUCCCGCCGCUGCCCUCGCGCUUCCACGACCUCUACGCGGUCCCGCCGCGUAUGGCCAAAGACGACGAUCCCGCUCUCCACGGCGGACGGAAACGGGCCAUCCCCCAUGUGCAGGGAAACUGGCCCACGCACGUGUUUAUCGAGUGGCAUUUGACGAGAAUAGAAUUCGAUGCUCUGGAUAAAUCGUACACGCGAGCGAAGGGAGUGGGCGAGGGCGGUGACUGGCGGCUGGAGAGCCAUCUCAUAAGUGAGCUGGGGAGUGAGCUCCCGCUGCAUUUGAGUCUCAGCAGGCCGAACGUUCUCCGGACCGAGCAGAGGGAGGGGUUCCUGGAGACUCUGGCGGAGAGGUACCACAAGGCGAGGGUUAAGCCGUUUACAGUGGUCUUCGAUGGGUUUGAAUGGGUUGGCAAUCAGGACCGCACCCGCUGGUUCCUGGUGCUGAAGGCAUCUGCAGGACCGAAGAGCGAGCUCGCCCGAUUGCUGGAACUCACCAAUCACACGUUUGCCGUCUUCAACCAACCAGGCCUAUAUGGCCCCAACGGAAACUCCACGGAUGGAUUCCACGUUUCGCUCGCGUGGAGCUUGACGGAGCCCAGUGCUGAGGACAAACGCAAAGUUGCGGACGAGCUGAUCGCGCACGGAAUGAAAGAUGGUACCAUUGUUCUCGAAGGUGGUGACGGGGAAAACACUAGGCUGCGGAUGGAUGUGUCUGGCAUAAAGGUCAAGAUUGGGAAUGCUGUGCACCUGGUCGAGCUGGGGACCGGCAAGCUGGAGGUGGUGGAGCUCACAGGAAAGAGGAAGGCUUCCGUUGGCUCGUAG